AUUUGCAUAGGUUGUCCGAUUGUGGAAGCCUCGUUGUGUAGCAUAUUCCAGCGGUAGAUACGAGCGUCAUGCCUCCCGCUGGAACCAUUCCCCACAUACCCGUUAGUACAAAAGGAAUGGGCAGCUGGCAGUCCCCUCACCACAUUCACCGCACUCCGUCCCUCCCCCCAUCCACCAAACGAUGAAGUUCCUCGCCACCCUCGCCCUCGCGGCGCUCUCGGCGUUCACCGCUCAAGCCGCCCUCCCCGUGGCGCCUUCCAACAUCGUCGCCUUCCCCAUGCGCGACAUGGUCACCAUCGAAGGCUUCGCCGAGCGCACCGGCCAGCAGAUGAAGGUCGAGGUCCUUCGCGGGACCACCGUUGUCGGAUCCACCAUCGGAACCGUCUCUGGAGACGAUGUCGCGUUCGACGUCAACCACCCUGGCGGUGUGUGCUGGGGCGCUGGCACCAACUUGAAGGUCACGCCUUCCCUGCAGGCCGGGGAUCGCAUCCAGGUUUCCAUUGCUGGAAGUGUGAUAGCCGAUUCCACCAUCCUGGACACGAACGUUGAGAGUGUGGAUUACACGGCCGGAGCAUUGUCUUUCACCGUCACCGGACAGAUCGCUGCGAGCAUCCCGAUGGCGAACUUCGAGUGCCGGAUCGUGAACCCGGCGAUGACGACAACCGUCAUCGCCAAACGCGACAUUCGCGCCGUUCUGGGAGACUUCAACACCAAGGCCUUCACCAACGGGUACCGGUCCGGUGUUGUUGAAUCGACCGUCGGUGGUGUCAGGCGCUGGAAGGCGACCUUCGAAUUUGACCCUAACGCCGCUAAUGCUGUUGCUGUUGCCCAGACCGCCGCUACGGGUGGAGGCGCGAGGGCUAACGCCUGGAUGGCUGGCGCCGGACAAGGAAUGACGAUUUGGGAACUCGGUGAAGUGAAGGGGCCUGGUGUGGGUGGAUGCCCCGCUGGACCUGACACGACCGCCCCCGGCGUCGGAACCGUUGCCACUGUUUUUGGUGCCGGAAACGUUAAGGUUUCCUGGAGCACCCCGGCCGUCGUGCCUGGCGGCGCCGCGAUCUCCGGCUACGACGUUAUUGUCAUGCCCAAAGCGGUCACCGCCGGUCUCCGCAAGACCACCGGAUUCCGCACCGCCGCCAACAUCAACACCGUCACCGUCAGCGACGCCUCCAUCAGCCUCGACACCUCCACCGUCCAAGUCCGCAGUCUGGUCGGAACCGCAUUGUCCAACCCUUUCAUCCCUGCCGCCAACCCGCAGCCCGUCGUCGACAUCACCCUCACACUGACCCCGCCCGCCGGCGCCGACGAGACCGCCGUCAUCACCGCCACCUCCGUCACGAUCGCCUCCAACGUGCAGAUCUACUACGCCACCAACCUCGACACGGUCAUGACCGGCGGAAUCCCCUCCGACGCCGCCAUCGUCUACGACGGCCAGCCCAUCCUCAUCGGAACAAAGACCACCCUCCACAUCGCCGCGAUCCACGCCAACGGCCAGUUCAAGGUCCAGACCGUUACCUACCAACCCCCAGCCGCCGUCCUUCCCCAGCCCCCUACCGCCGUCAAGGCCACCGCCGCGCCAGGUGGUGCCAUCCUGACCUGGACCGCGCCCGCCGACGCCUCCAUCACGGGCUACGCAGCGCAGCAAUACGACGCCACGAACACCGAAGUCGGCACCCUCCACCUUGCGACGGGCGGCGAAACCCUCGACCGAAGGAUGGUCGUCGAAGGUCUCGCCCCGGGCGUGUCCACCACCCUCGCGCUCAAAUCCAUGAACAAGGCCGGCAUCUUCUCCGUCGCGUCCGAGUUUGUCACCGUCACGCCCCUGAAGGCCGUCGACACCAUCACGAUCGCCAAGGCGCGCCAGCAGCAGAGGGAUCUGCGUGUGGACGGGACCGGGUCGGAUGUGUCCGCGACGUUUACGCUGCACAAUGCGUGUGGGAAUGCCCCGUGUCCCGAGGUGCUUGCUACGGCGGGUGCGGAUGCGGCCGGUGCGUUUGUGUUGAGGAAUAAGGCCGCUGCUCCGGGCAUUCUGAACGUGUGGGUCAAGUCGUCUAAGGGUGGCAUCGCCGGCCCCGUUAAGGUCGCUGCUUAGAGAAAAGUAGCUGAGGUGAAGCACACUAUGUUCAAGAUAGUGAUACCAUAUUUACAUAGCAUACAUACUACAUA